GGCAGUUCUGGGGUGUUUUAGGUCUGUUCCUUCUCUCUCUUGCACACUAUACUCUACACUUGACUUCUGUUCACCCAUUUGGAAGGUUCCAGCUGGCACCAUGACUGAUGAUGAGCUGUCUGCCUUGGUAGUGGAUAAUGGGUCAGGGAUGUGCAAAGCAGGCUUUGGCGGUGACGACGCCCCCCGGGCUGUGUUCCCCUCCAUGAUAGGGCGUCCCCGACACCAGGGGGUUAUGGUAGGCAUGGGCCAGAAGGACUGCUAUGUGGGGGAUGAGGCUCAGAGCAAGAGAGGCAUCCUGACCCUGAAGUAUCCUAUUGAGCAUGGAGUAGUCACCAAUUGGGACGACAUGGAGAAGAUCUGGUAUCACACUUUCUACAAUGAGCUCCGCGUGGCACCAGACGAUCAUCCCAUCCUCCUCACCGAGGCACCCCUGAACCCCAAGAUCAACCGGGAAAAGAUGACCCAGAUCAUGUUUGAGGCCUUCAACGCACCUGCCAUGUAUGUGGCUAUCCAGGCCGUGCUGUCCCUCUAUGCCUCGGGACGGACCACGGGCAUCGUGAUGGACUCUGGGGACGGGGUCACUCACACUGUGCCCAUCUACGAAGGCUAUGCCCUGCCUCAUGCCAUUCUACGUCUGGAUCUGGCAGGCAGAGACUUGACUGAUUACCUCAUGAAGAUCCUGACAGAGCGAGGCUAUAACUUCACCACCACAGCUGAGCGGGAGAUUGUGCGCGACGUCAAAGAGAAGCUGUGCUACGUGGCCCUGGACUUUGAGCAGGAGAUGGUCAGUGCAGCUGCGUCUUCCUCACUUGAAAGAAGCUAUGAGCUUCCCGAUGGGCAGGUGAUCACCAUCGGGAAUGAACGCUUCCGCUGCCCUGAAGCUAUUUUCCAGCCUUCCUUGCUGGGCAUCGAGUCCAGUGGGAUCCAUGAAGCAACCUUCAACUCUAUCAUGAAGUGUGAUGUGGACAUUCGCAAGGAUCUAUACGCCAACACCGUCUUGUCUGGAGGCAGCACCAUGUACCCAGGCAUUGCUGACCGCAUGCAGAAGGAAAUCAUAACGCUGGCACCCAGCACCAUGAAAGUCAAAAUCAUAUCUCCGCCAGAGCGGAAGUAUUCCGUUUGGAUUGGGGGCUCCAUCCUGGCCAGCCUGUCCACGUUCCAGCAGAUGUGGAUCAGUAAGCAGGAAUACGACGAGGCUGGUCCUCCCAUCGUUCACAGAAAGUGUUUUUAAAUGGGCUUCCGUCUUAAUGGGUUUACAUUUUCCCUUUUCCUGGGUCACAGUGAUGGUACUGCUUUUAUCUGCUUUCAACAGGACCAAGGUAAAUAGUUCACUCUAACUAGUGCCUAAACCAGCAAACCCAUCUGUCCAUCCAAGUAUCCUGGGCUCUUGCCCCACUAACCACAUCUUGAUCUCUAUCAACUGAAGGUGAAUUCUAAUACCAUAUUCUAUUCUUUUCACCUAUACAGUUCAAAGAAAAGUAGUCCUGCUUAAAUUAAAAUAAGUGGCAAGGAGUAAAAUCAUGAGAAAUGUCAUAUCAGAAUGGAUAACUAGAAUUUCCAGGCUUUACAACCUAGUUCUUACCAAGAUGUUUAACAAUAAUAGGCUGUACAAACCUGUAACAAAAUGUGUAUUCCUUUAGUGACCGUGUCUUAUUUAAGUAUUUGUGUUUUGUUUACUUCUUUGUAUGAAGACACUGAAUUAUAUAGGUCAAUAAUAUUCAUGUAUACAUAAGCACCAGAGAAAUAAAAUAUUACAUCAUAAAAUAUACUGCUCUUUUUGGUCAUCUGAACAGUUGAUGUGAAUUUCUUUGCUUGCCAACAGUCACCAUUUCAGUGGCUGCAUAUUUUAAUUCUUUCCCUUAUUAAAUAAGCAUAAUGAAAAAUCCACCAUUCCAUUUAUGUUGUUUAUAAAUCAACUAAAUUUUCAGCUCUAGAGUGGAGGUUUGCUGGUCAAACACAUAUUUUAAUAUCUUACUUAUUGAACCUCAUUAUACUUGUAAAACAGCAAAACUACAAAUAAUGCCUAAUUUUUAAGAGAUAUUAUAAUAUCAAAUUAAUGUAAUUAUGCUACAGUUUGACAAAGUUAGUUUUAUUUCUAUUUCUUAGCAUAAUAACACGCCUUGAAUAAUUUCUGUAGACCACGACUUUGGAUAUUUCUCUUAUACGAGGAUUUCACUGUAGGAAAACAUAGCUGCAGCAUCUUUGUUAACUAUAAAUUUUAGUACCAGUAUAGUAAUCUCAAUUUCAUUCCUAGAAAGAUUUUACAAUAAUUCUUCUUUAUUAUGUCCAGUCACUAGCAAUACUUCUUUAUGCAGAGAGUCACUAAGAUACCAACAUUUUAGAAAAUAUCAGUGUAUCUUCCUAUAAUGUCUAAAAUUUUGUAAUGAAUCCAAUGGUGAUUUGCCAACCAAUUUUAAGUAUUAGUACAUUUUUUUCCAUCUAUGCUAUGAUUAUUUGUAUUUUUCAGGAUAACUUCUGAAAAUUUAAAAUAUUUAUUUGGAUUGCUUAUUAAGGCAUUAUCAGGGUCUCAGGAGGGAGGAAUCUCUUCUCUUUUCCUCUUAGUUGGGAAACCUAUACUUGUAUUUUAAAUCUCUAAACUGCAAUCUUUAAGUAUUUUUUGCUUAACAUAACACUUCUCAAAUAAUUUGAUUAUUUUUUAUUUCCUUUAUCUGACAAUAUAAUUUUUAAAAUGCAUUUAACCAAAAUUAGCCUCCAUAGGUACUUUAUUUUAUAAGAUUUGGAGUCUCCUUUCACAAAAUUAAAAUUGAUUCAUAAUU